UAGCCCUUGAUAAACAAUGGAUUUUAGUACACAAGCUCUCUCACAUUCUAGAAAAUUAGAGAAAAUAGCUCUAUCACAAUUCACAAGUGAAGCAAAAACAUAGAGAAAAUGUCUAAUAUCAAGCAAUUGCUAGAGUCUCAAAUAAACUUGUUCUUUUUGCACCCUUUCACAGCCUUACCAUUCUUAUUCUUCUUCAUCUUCUCCAUUUACAAACUCCUCUUUAACCACAAAACCCGAAAUCACCUACCGCCUUCUCCAUCAAAACUUCCAAUCAUAGGAAACUUGCAUCAAAUUGACAAGAAACUACCACACCGAUCAUUGCAUAGUUUAGCCAAACAACAUGGAGAUCUCAUGUUACUCUACUUUGGCAGAAAACCAGUCCUUGUAGUCUCAUCCGCGGAGGCAGCAUGCAAGGUUAUGAAAUCACAUGACACCAUUUUCGCAAACAGACCAAUUCUAAGCAUGUUCAAAAGGCUUCUUUACGACUGUAGAGAUGUUGCAACAGCACCUUAUGGUGACUAUUGGAGACGAAUGAGAAGCAUAUGUGUCAACCAACUUCUAAGCUACAACAGGGUCCAGGCAUUCCAUAAUGUCAGAGAAGAAGAAAUAGCACAAAUCGUGGAAGAGAUUAGAAGUUCAUCACCGUCAAAAGCAGUAAACUUAAGUAAGAUGCUUUCCAAUUUUUCAACUGAUGUUAUAUGCAGGGCAGCCUUUGGGAUGAAGUUCAAUGGACAAAGAGACGGAAUCGAUUUCAAGGAGUUGCAUGAAAAGCACGAAGAACUCAUAGGCAGCAUUAACAUAGGUGAUUUUAUCCCUUGGCUAGGAUGGAUUAAUCACGUGAAUGGUGUGGAGAAGGAUGUUAAGCGAGUUUCAAGAAAUAUGGAUAGCUUUCUUGAAAGUUUAGUCCAAGAGCAUAAAUUAAAGGGCAUAAAUGAAGGGGAAAAAUCAGAAAACAAACAAGAUUUUGUAGAUGUUUUACUAGAGCUGCAACAAGAUCAUUCAGCCGAAAUGAGCCUUGACAAGGAUAGCAUCAAAGGCAUUAUAUUGGACAUGUUUGUAGCUGGGUCUACAACAACUUAUGCAACACUAGAAUGGGUCAUGUCUGAACUUUUAAGAAAUCCAACAAUCAUGGAAUCUCUACAGAAAGAAGUGAGGGAAAUAACCAGAGAUAAAGCAAACAUAACAGAGAAUGAUCUUGAGAAAAUGGAGUACCUGAAAGCAGUAAUCAAGGAGACAUUUAGGCUACAUCCUCCAGUUCCCUUGUUGUUGCCUCGCAUUUCGUCUCGAGAAACACAGCUCAAUGGCUAUGACAUACCUGCUAAAACACAAGUCAUUAUCAAUGCAUGGACAAUCCAUAGAGACCCAAGUUUUUGGAAAGAACCUGAACGAUUUAAUCCCGAGAGGUUUCUGAAUUCUUCCAUAGACUUUAAGGGGCAGCACUUCAACUUGAUUCCAUUUGGAUCAGGAAGGAGGGGGUGCCCAGGGAUAUAUUUUGGCACCGCGAACUUAGAGCUUGUGUUAGCAAACUUCAUGCAGAAGUUUGAUUGGGCAUUGCCAGAAGGAGCUCAAGGAAAGAAUUUGGACAUGGAGGAACACCCUGGAGUUACAAUUCACAGGGAGACUCCUCUUCGCGCCAUUGCAACUCCCCGUUUUACCUGGUGAAUAAUCAAAGCAUCAACAUAUACCAACAACUCUUAUCUGCAUCAAUCCUAGUCACCCCUGAAUAAUGCUUUAAUUUCUUUGUUUAUUAGAAUCGUAAGCCAACCUGCAGUAACAUUAUAACCACCAGUCCACCAGUUUGUUUCUUAUUUUUGAUCCAUUGUGUCUUAUUUAACCUUAGUGCAUUUUCUUUAAAAUUCAAGUAUUUUUAGCUCAGAGAUGGAAAAAAAAAAUUAUAUACACCCAGGUGCAAAAAAAUCCAAGGGUCAUUUCUGCUCAUUUUUAUAUUUUUGCUCAUUUUAAAAUCUUAAAAUAAGCAACAAAAUAUCAAAUAAUUAAAAAAUCACCCUUGGGUGCACCUACCUUUUUAUGGAAGCCCAGAAAUGUCUUAGGAAGUUAUUUGCCUCACCUGCACCCUGCGCCUAAAUACUUUUCAUGAAAUGGAUUUUCUGAUUACACCCCCUGUACUGUACUCAUACUAAGAGAAUCCAAAGGAUACAUUACUUUUGAAGUUGACAUCCCUGUAAAAUCACAUAUUUUCAUCAAUAUUUGAUCCAUAAGACAUUCGAUCCUGAAAUAACUCACAGAAGCACAAU